GUUUGAGGGCGUAGUUCCUCCAACAAGUGCAAAGCAUCAAUUUGUAUUACUAAUCAAACGCGUUGCGUUGUGAAGCUGCGGGCGUGCUCUGGAAUUUGGUGUUUGUUUUAGUUUAGUUUUGUGUUUUUGCGUUUAAAUUAAUACAGCGACGCCCCGCGCUGCACAUUAAGCUGCUCAGGCAGGCAGCUACACAACAAACAAAGCCCCCAUCAAACAAAAAAUGGUUUUGUUUCUGCCGUCGACAAUUUUGGGACGCAGCUAUUUGCUGUUUGUUCUUGUUCUGAUUGUGGGUGUGUUCGCUCAGCACGAAUGGCAGGCUCGUGAUGCCUUUGACGAGAUCAAACGCCAAUUCGAUAAAGUCAACGCCGACAAUUGUCCCAUACAGCAUCAUGGAGAUUUGUUUAUGCCCACGGACGCCGUGUCCCACAAACCGGACAUCAAGGAGGUGAAUGUGAAUCCAGUGUUCCCCAAUCGUACAGCGCUACUGCAUCUGCAAAACAUGGCGCUAAGUCGCAGCUUCUUCUGGAGUUAUAUACUGCAAUCUCGUUUCAUUCGUCCCGCCAUCAACGAUACUUAUGAUCCUGGCAUGAUGUAUUACUUCCUGUCCACAGUGGCUGAUGUUUCCGCCAAUCCUAGCAUCAAUGCUUCGGCUAUUUACUUCUCGCCGAACAGUUCGUAUUCGUCAUCGUAUCGUGGCUUCUUCAACAAGACCUUUCCACGCUUUGGUCCACGCACUUUCCGUCAGGAUGAUUUCAAUGACCCCAUCCAUCUACAAAAGAUUUCCACUCUGAAUACUUUUGAUGUGCAGGACUUGGGCGCUCAUCAUCCCGAUACCAUUUCCAAGGAUUACACCCACGAUUUGUACAAGAUUAAUGAAUGGUAUCGCGCUUGGUUGCCCGAUAAUGUUGCCGGACGACACGAUACCAAGAUCACGUAUCAGGUGGAAAUCCGCUAUGCGAAUAACACAAAUGAAACGUACACAUUCCACGGACCGCCAGGCUCUGAGGAGAAUCCCGGUCCCAUUAAGCUGACACGCCCCUACUUUGAUUGCGGACGAUCCAACAAGUGGCUGGUGGCUGCCGUGGUGCCCAUCGCUGAUAUUUAUCCCCGACACACGCAGUUCCGGCACAUCGAGUAUCCCAAAUACACCGCUGUCUCUGUGCUGGAAAUGGACUUUGAGCGUAUUGACAUCAAUCAGUGUCCGUUGGGCGAAGGCAACAAGGGUCCAAAUCACUUUGCGGACACAGCGCGUUGUAAAAAGGAGACCACAGAGUGCGAACCGUUGAAUGGCUGGGGCUUCAGGCGUGGUGGCUAUCAGUGUCGUUGCAAGCCAGGCUUUCGACUGCCGCCCACAGUGCGACGUCCUUAUCUAGGCGAGAUUGUGGAACGUGCACCAGCUGAACAAUAUUACAAUGACUACGAUUGUCUCAAAAUUGGAUGGAUUCAAAAGCUGCCUAUUACUUGGGAACGUGCGCCAUAUCACGUUAGGCAAAAGUAUUUGAACAUGCACCCAACGUAUCGCAACUUUACAACGGGUUCGAAAGCGCUACACGCUCAGCACUUGAACAUUGAUCAGGCACUGAAGUAUAUUCAUGGCGUCAAUUAUCGUACAUGCAAAAACUUCCAUCCUCAAGAUUUGAUAUUGCGCGGCGAUGUCAGCUCUGGCGCCAAAGAUCAGUUUGAGAACGAAGCCAAGAUGGCUGUGCGUCUGGCCAACUUUAUCAGCGCCUUUUUGCAGAUAUCGGAUCCCAAUGAAGUCUAUUCGGGCAAACGUGUGGCGGACAAACCACUGACCGAGGAUCAAAUGAUUGGUGAAACUCUGGCCAUUCUAAUGGGCGACAGCAAGGUGUGGUCGGCCCAGACGCUUUGGGAGCGCAAUAAGUUCACGAAUCGCACCUAUUUUGCACCCUAUGCCUACAAAACGGAGCUGAACACACGCAAAUUUAAGGUGGAGGAUCUGGCGCGUCUGAACAAAACACACGAGCUGUACACGGAAAAGAAGUACUUCAAGUUCUUGAAGCAACGAUGGAAUACGAAUUUUGAUGAUUUGGAAACGUUCUACUUGAAAAUCAAGAUACGACACAAUGAGACAGGUGAAUACCAGCAAAAGUACGAGCAUUAUCCCAACUCGUAUCGUGCGGCAAACAUGAAGCAUGGCUACUGGACACAGCCGCAAUUUGAUUGUGAUGGCUAUGUGAAGAAAUGGCUGGUGACCUAUGCGGCUCCCUUCUUUGGCUGGGAUAGCCUCAAAGUGAAACUGGAAUUCAAAGGAGUGGUUGCCGUCUCCAUGGACAUGCUCCAGCUGGAUAUUAAUCAGUGCCCGGACUGGUAUUAUGAACCGAAUGCCUUCAAGAACACACACAAAUGUGAUCAGAAGACUUCAUAUUGUGUGCCAAUUCAGGGACGUGGUUAUGAAACUGGUGGCUACAAGUGCGAGUGUCUGCAGGGCUACGAGUAUCCUUUCGAGGAUUUGAUCACCUACUACGAUGGCCAGUUGGUGGAGGCUGAGUAUCAAAAUAUUGUGGUCGAUAAGGAGACACGCUACGAUAUGUUCAAAUGCCGUUUGGCGGGUGCAGCGGGUUUGCAAUCGGCAUUGGGAUUGGUCAUUUCACUAUUUGGUCUGACCAUCACAUUGCUCUAUCGUUUUAGUUAGGCGCAUCCCACCCCUUCUUAAGCCAAAUAUCUUAACAAUUCCGUCCGCAACUCGUAAAAUCUCUAUAACUUAAGCAGAAAAAUCCGAAAAAAAAUCUCUGACAAAGCAACACAGCAAACUGAAAGACACAAAAUUGACACCCAAAACAAAACGCGCUGUUGCCCAAAAAAAUAA